AUGUUGAUCCCCGAGCACGAGGAGGUCCAGGCCAACCGGGAGUGGCAGAAGGAGAAGAACAUGAUCAACGACCUGUACCGCUGCACCGGGCCGGGGGGAGGAGGGGGGGGAGGAGGGGGAGGGAUGGACGCAGACAAAGACAUAGACUCCACCACCGAGAACACUCCCAUCAUCAGCACACAGGGGGCGCUCAAAACACAGAGCCGCAUCUCAGAUUCCUUCCCGGACAUCCAGAUAUCCAACAACGCGGUUCACCCGAGGCCCCAGAGCCCAGUGCCCAUGGACGGACACUUCCCCAAAAUGUCCAGCAGUCCUCCCAAGUCCUCCGGCUGGCCCAGUCUCAACCCUGCACACAAAAAAGCCGUCGCCACGUUCUCUCCACCGAAGAACAAGCGGCAGAAGAAAUAUCGCAGCGUCAUCUCGGACGUGUUUGAUGGAACCAUCGUGAGCUCCGUGCAGUGCCUCACCUGUGACCGGGUCUCUGUCACUUUGGAGAACUUCCAGGACAUCUCGCUGCCGAUCCCCGGGAAGGAGGACCUGGCCAAGCUGCACUCGGCGUCGCACCAGACGGCGUUGGUGAAGGCGGGAUCGUGCGGCGAGGCAUACGCUGCUCAGGGCUGGAUCGCCUUCGUCAUGGAGUACAUCAAGAGCUGGUUCUGGGGCCCCGUGGUGACGCUCCAGGACUGUCUCGCCGCGUUCUUCGCUCGCGAUGAACUCAAAGGGGACAACAUGUACAGCUGUGAAAAAUGCAAGAAAUUACGAAACGGAGUCAAAUUCUGCAAGAUGCAAAGUCUCCCCGAGGGGGAGAAGAGGCGUGCGGUCAGGAGGAGAAGAGGCGUGUGGUCAGGAGGAGAAGAGGCGUGUGGUCAGGGGGAGAAGAGGCGGGGAGAAGAGGCGUGUGGUCAGGAGGAGAAGAGGCGUGUGGUCAGGAGGAGAAGAGGCGUGUGGUCAGGAGGAGAAGAGGCGUGUGAUCAGGGGGAGAAGAGGCGUGUGAUCAGGAGGAGAAGAGGCGUGUGGUCAGGAGGAGAAGAGGCGUGUGAUCAGGGGGAGAAGAGGCGUGUGAUCAGGAGGAGAAGAGGCGUGUGGUCAGGAGGAGAAGAGGCGUGUGGUCAGGGGGAGAAGAGGCGUGUGGGGGAGAAGAGGCGUGUGGUCAGGAGGAGAAGAGGCGUGUGGUCAGGAGGAGAAGAGGCGUGUGGUCAGGAGGAGAAGAGGCGUGUGGUCAGGAGAAGAGGCGUGUGGUCAGGAGGAGAAGAGGCGUGUGGUCAGGAGGAGAAGAGGCGUGUGGUCAGGGGGAGAAGAGGCGUGCGGUCAGGAGGAGAAGAGGCGUGUGGUCAGGAGAAGAGGCGUGUGGUCAGGAGGAGAAGAGGCGUGUGGUCAGGGGGAGAAGAGGCGUGUGAUCAGGGGGAGAAGAGGCGUGUGAUCAGGGGGAGAAGAGGCGUGUGGUCAGGAGGAGAAGAGGCGUGUGGUCAGAGGGAGAAGAGGCGUGUGGUCAGGAGGAGAAGAGGCGUGUGGUCAGGAGGAGAAGAGGCGUGUGGUCAGGAGGAGAAGAGGCGUGUGGUCAGGAGGAGAAGAGGCGUGCGGUCAGGAGGAGAAGAGGCGUGUGGUCAGGAGGAGAAGAGGCGUGUGGUCAGGAGAAGAGGCGUGUGGUCAGGAGGAGAAGAGGCGUGUGGUCAGGAGGAGAAGAGGCGUGUGGUCAGGGGGAGAAGAGGCGUGUGGUCAGGAGGAGAAGAGGCGUGUGGUCAGGAGGAGAAGAGGCGUGCGGUCAGGAGGAGAAGAGGCGUGCGGUCAGGAGGAGAAGAGGCGUGUGGUCAGGAGGAGAAGAGGCGUGCGGUCAGGAGGAGAAGAGGCGUGCGGUCAGGAGGAGAAGAGGCGUGUGGUCAGGGGGAGAAGAGGCGUGUGGUCAGGGGGAGAAGAGGCGUGCGGUCAGGAGGAGAAGAGGCGUGUGGUCAGGAGGAGAAGAGGCGUGUGGUCAGGAGGAGAAGAGGCGUGUGGUCAGGAGGAGAAGAGGCGUGUGGUCAGGAGGAGAAGAGGCGUGUGGUCAGGAGGAGAAGAGGCGUGUGGUCAGGGGGAGAAGAGGCGUGUGGUCAGGAGGAGAAGAGGCGUGUGGUCAGGGGGAGAAGAGGCGUGUGGUCAGGAGGAGAAGAGGCGUGUGGUCAGGAGGAGAAGAGGCGUGUGGUCAGGAGGAGAAGAGGCGUGUGGUCAGGAGGAGAAGAGGCGUGCGGUCAGGAGGAGAAGAGGCGUGUGAUCAGGGGGAGAAGAGACGUGUGGUCAGGAGGAGAAGAGGCGUGCGGUCAGGAGGAGAAGAGGCGUGUGAUCAGGGGGAGAAGAGGCGUGUGGUCAGGAGGAGAAGAGGCGUGUGGUCAGGAGGAGAAGAGACGUGUGAUCAGGGGGAGAAGAGACGUGUGGUCAGGAGGAGAAGAGGCGUGUGAUCAGGGGGAGAAGAGACGUGUGGUCAGGAGGAGAAGAGGCGUGCGGUCAGGAGGAGAAGAGGCGUGUGAUCAGGGGGAGAAGAGACGUGUGGUCAGGAGGAGAAGAGGCGUGUGGUCAGGAGGAGAAGAGGCGUGCGGUCAGGAGGAGAAGAGGCGUGUGAUCAGGGGGAGAAGAGACGUGUGGUCAGGAGGAGAAGAGGCGUGCGGUCAGGAGGAGAAGAGGCGAGGAGAAGAGGCGUGUGAUCAGGGGGAGAAGAGACGUGUGGUCAGGGGGAGAAGAGGCGUGUGGUCAGGAGGAGAAGAGGCGUGUGGUCAGGAGGAGAAGAGGCGUGUGAUCAGGGGGAGAAGAGACGUGCUGUCAGGAGGAGAAGAGGCGUGCGGUCAGGAGGAGAAGAGGCGUGUGAUCAGGGGGAGAAGAGGCGUGUGGUCAGGGGGAGAAGAGGCGUGUGGUCAGGGGGAGAAGAGGCGUGUGGUCAGGAGGAGAAGAGGCGUGCGGUCAGGAGGAGAAGAGGCGUGUGAUCAGGGGGAGAAGAGGCGUGUGGUCAGGGGGAGAAGAGGCGUGUGGUCAGGAGGAGAAGAGGCGUGUGGUCAGGAGGAGAAGAGGCGUGUGGUCAGGAGGAGAAGAGGCGUGUGGUCAGGAGGAGAAGAGGCGUGUGAUCAGGGGGAGAAGAGGCGUGUGGUCAGAGGGAGAAGAGGCGUGUGGUCAGGAGGAGAAGAGGCGUGCGGUCAGGAGGAGAAGAGGCGUGUGGUCAGAGGGAGAAGAGGCGUGUGGUCAGGAGGAGAAGAGGCGUGCGGUCAGGAGGAGAAGAGGCGUGUGGUCAGGGGGAGAAGAGGCGUGUGGUCAGGAGGAGAAGAGGCGUGUGGUCAGGAGGAGAAGAGGCGUGUGGUCAGGAGGAGAAGAGGCGUGUGGUCAGGGGGAGAAGAGGCGUGUGGUCAGGAGGAGAAGAGGCGUGUGAUCAGGGGGAGAAGAGGCGUGUGGUCAGGAGGAGAAGAGGCGUGUGAUCAGGGGGAGAAGAGGCGUGUGAUCAGGGGGAGAAGAGGCGUGUGGUCAGGAGGAGAAGAGGCGUGUGGUCAGGAGGAGAAGAGGCGUGUGGUCAGGAGGAGAAGAGGCGUGCGGUCAGGGGGAGAAGAGGCGUGUGGUCAGGAGGAGAAGAGGCGUGUGGUCAGGAGGAGAAGAGGCGUGUGGUCAGGAGGAGAAGAGGCGUGUGGUCAGGGGGAGAAGAGACGUGUGGUCAGGAGGAGAAGAGGCGUGUGGUCAGGAGGAGAAGAGGCGUGUGGUCAGGAGGAGAAGAGGCGUGUGGUCAGGAGGAGAAGAGGCGUGUGGUCAGGAGGAGAAGAGGCGUGCGGUCAGGAGGAGAAGAGGCGUGUGGUCAGGAGGAGAAGAGGCGUGUGGUCAGGAGGAGAAGAGGCGUGUGGUCAGGAGGAGAAGAGGCGUGUGGUCAGGAGGAGAAGAGGCGUGUGGUCAGGAGGAGAAGAGGCGGAGCCACCGGAGCAGCUCACGAUGAAGAGUAUCCUGUGCGUCCACCUGAAGCGGUUCCGACACGAGCUGAUGUUCUCCACAAAGAUCUGCACUCACGUCUCCUUCCCCCUCGAGGGCCUCGACCUGCAGCCGUUUUUAUCCAAAGACAGUCCGCCUCAGACGACCAACUACGACCUGCUCUCGGUCAUCUGCCACCACGGCACCGCCAGCAGUGGACAUUACAUCGCCUACUGCCGCAACGACACCAACAACUUGUGGUACGAGUUUGACGACCAGAGCGUGACCGAGGUGUCGGAGUCCUGUGUUCAGAACGCCGAGGCCUACGUCCUGUUCUACAAGAAAAGCAACGAGGAGGCGGUGAAGGAGAGGAGGAGGGUGUCUGGACUUCUGAACACCUCGGAGCCCAGUCUGCUGCAGUUCUACGUCUCCAGACAGUGGCUCAACAAGUUCAAGACCUUCGCUGAACCAGGACCCAUCUGCAACAGCGACUUCCUCUGCGCUCACGGAGGCGUCCCUCCGACCAAAGCCAACUACAUCGAUGACCUGGUGGUGAUGCUGCCUCAGACCGUGUGGGACCAUCUCUACAGCAGGUACGGAGGUGGCCCUGCCGUCAACCACCUGUACGUCUGCCACACCUGCCAGACCGAGAUCGAGAAGUUGGAAAAAAGGAGGAAAAACGAGCUGGACAUGUUUGUGCGACUCAACAAGGCCUUCCAGGAGGAGGAGUCCCCGGUGGUCAUUCACUGCAUCAGCAUGCACUGGUUCAGGGACUGGGAGGGGUUCGUGAAAGGGAAGGACAACGAUCCACCAGGACCGAUUGACAACUCAAAGAUCACAGCCAACAAGAACGGGCAUCUAACUCUAAGACAAGGAGCCGACUCGGGGCAGAUCUCUGAAGAAACCUGGAACUUCCUUCACUCGGUUUACGGCGGGGGUCCCCUGGUCACGGUGAGACCGAGUGGGACCCAGCCGGACCCUGAGAGCUUGUCCGAGGAGAAGAUCGAGGUUGAGACCCGGUCGCUCUGA